AUGAGGUUCCAGAGGAAAACUGGGGGCUGGAGAGGGGAAAAUUUAGGAAUGACACUGGGGACCAUCCCUCAUCCCCCGGCCUCCGGCAUCCUGCUUCGACACGGAGCGUCUCAGCUGCUGAAUAAGGCCUUCGGGAGCCACGUGGUGGAUUCCCACCUAUUUCUACCUUCCCCGAACCGUCCGCCGCAAUUCCGCACCGAAGAUUCCACGGAGGACGUUGGAAGCGGUGCAUCCCUGGGGGGAAACGGACCUGGAUCACCGCCUCCCGGCCCUUGCUUCGGAGACUCCGACUGGUUCUCCGACGAGCCUGCUGGAGCGAAGCGGGCUAGGGUGGGAACCACCAUACGAGGCACGGGCUUCCCCACCGGCCCCGGGCCGGAGAGCUUCCCGGGGGACAGAGGCGGCCUAAUCCUACUCCGACCGGAGAAAGCCGAGGAGAACAAGAGGAAACGGAAGCAGCCUCGGCAGCGAGAUCCCGACGGAGCCCAGUGGGCGGGAGACGGACGGGAUGCUAAGGAGGAGGAAAGCCGCCAGUUGAGAGAACAGCUUCGGGUUUUGCAGGAGCAGUUGAAACAGCUCCAGGAGAGAUUCUUCCCAAUCCCAAGCCCGCAAGCCACUGAAAAGGACAGGGAUCCCGUGAAGGUGAGGCCUGGAAACCACCAACCGCGCCGCGUGAGGUUGCCGGGCGGGAACCAGAGCCACGGCCUUCCCUGGACGGGCCCCUCCGAACCUGAGAAGCCCCAGGUCUCAGAAGAGGAAGGCCAAUUUAGGGAUCACCGUUUUCUGCCUCCUGAAGGGAGGAGCUUUUCGGAGACGCUCAAGAAGGAACUGACCGGGGCCGUGUCCCGGGCCGUGGACUCGGCGUUGGGCAAGCUCUCCGGGCGGCCCAGCCGCUUCCCUCGGUGGGGUGGGGGCUUCUGGAAUUCCGAGCAGGGAAGCAGGAGCGCGUCUUGGGCCGCUGCGGGGCCCUGCGGAUGCCACCCUGAGCUGGCCGACCGGAGCGGGAGUCAGGUCCAAACGGGGGCCUGGUCGCUGGGGCCGCACCAGCCCUGUCGUGGCCUCGAGCCCCCGCUCGGCGUCCCCGGACCCCGCCAGGACGGUCCCUCGGCGAGGACGUCCCCCAGGCGGGGGGACCACGUGUUCUGCCGGCCGCUAGGAUCCGGCCAAAACAGCCACCGACACCUCGGCCCUCCUCAGAUCUCUUCCUCGCCCGACGGCCCAUCGCCAGGGUCUCCGGACCGGCCUUGGGGGGCCGGUCCGCCGCCCUCGUCGGCCGGGGGUCGACGCCAACACCCCGCAUCCUUUGCCCCCACUCGGAUGGGGCGUCUGCCCCCGGUGAAGGUGGAGUUCGGUGUCGCCGAUCCAACGCCUUUCUCUUCAGUUCACGACGGUCUGACCCCCGGCCACCUGAAGAAAGCCAAGCUGAUGUUUUUCUUUACUCGCUACCCCAACUCCAACAUCCUAAAAACCUAUUUCCCUGAUGUCCAGUUCAACCGCUGCAUCACCUCUCAGCUCAUCAAGUGGUUCAGUAACUUUCGAGAGUUUUAUUACAUCCAGAUGGAAAAAUUUGCCCGACAAGCCGUCUUGGAAGGAGUGACGAACGCCAAGACACUGAUCGUCCCCCGGGAUUCGGAGAUUUUCCGUUCCCUGAACACGCACUACAACAAGGGGAAUGACUUUGAGGUCCCCGACCGAUUUUUAGAAAUCGCCGGUUUGACGCUACAGGAAUUCUUCGAGGCGGUCGCAGCGGGGAGAGAUUCAGACCCCUCCUGGAAGAAGCCCAUUUAUAAAGUCAUUUCCAAAUUGGACAGUGACAUUCCCGAGGCGUUCAAAUCCUCCACCUGUUUCCAGAGCCAGAAUUAA